AUGGUUGCGCUCAUGUUAGCUGAAAAGAACAAUGAGCUCUUGAUCAAAAACCACAAUUCCCGACCUACGGGAGCCAAAGCAUUCCCUGAAGUGAAUGCCACGGCGAUAGAAAAUUCGGAAAGGAGAAACCAGGCCAAUCGAGGUCAUGGCCGCCGUUUCAACAACAAACGUGGAAAAACUUACAAUCCCAAAUGGAGGGGAUCUAACAAGUGGGUUAGACCCGGGCAAGUUUCCAAGGGUAAAGAAACUCAAGAGGAUACCACCCAGAAGCGUGAGACAGUGUGUUACAGAUGUGGUUGUAAAGGACAUUGGUCCCGUACCUGUCGUACUCCUUCACAUCUAUGUAAGUUAUAUCAAGAGUCCACGAAAGGCAAAACUAAAGAAGUGAACCUCACUGAAAACUUUGAAGGGACAUCGUACCUCGAUGCCUCCGACUUCGCUAAUGAGCUGGACUAG